AUGGAUGAAGUGAAGGAUUUGGGUGACACCAUAGAAGAGAAACCCUAUGUUAUUACUUGGGAUGGAGCCUUAAGGAUUGAGAAGGUUGUUGAUGAAACUGGAAGUAGAGAAAAGAAGGUCAACAAACGGAAGGUGAAAUCAGUUGAAAGAAAUGAGCAACUUGAGGCUAUGGAUGUAGAGCUUGACAUGAAGGAAACGGAUAAAUCUGGCAAAGUAAACAAGACUAACCUCGUUGGAUUGCUUAGAGAUGAUGUUGGACAGUUGAAAGAACUUGAGGGGAAGACUCUUGUUUUAAGCAGCAAAGAAGAGCCAAAGUUUGAAGAACCUGAAGAGAAACAUCUCACAGGGGAGUUUGAUAAGGAGAAUUUUGAGGGAUUUUUCGUCUCUUUUCUCGGGCCACUGACAUUAUAA